AUGACGAUAAACCGUGCCAUCGUAACCAUUCUUUGGAUUACCAGUAUAUUGUCGGAAGCAACUUCGAAAUCAGAAAACUGCGAUGUGCCUGAGAAGGAGUUGAUUGAAGGAAAAUUGCACAAACUACUCAAGCGUCUUCCAAAAGAAUACGUGGUCACAGAAACGGAAGGCUCACACCUGAUACCUGGAGCAAUCUUCUUGGGCAACACAACUAUCACUGGAAUCAACCAUCUGAAACCCGACAGGCCUUUUCAGACCUUUUGUAGGGGCGAAGACACUGUCACUCUUUUCAGCUUGAGGUCCUCCCGUACAGUGCGUGCGUUCAUACCAUGGAGUCUCUGCUCUGGCCACAACGGAACUUUGAUCAGUUCUGCAGAUUUGAUCAGAUACGAGGGAGAACUUAUCACAAGGGGCCCUGGUAACUACUCAGGGUCAAGCAUCGAGGAGUUGACCCCUGUGGUUUUGGAGCACCUCAACAUUGGAAUGACGGGCGGUGGACGUACACUGCACCUCGUCGUCCAUACAUUGGGUCUUUUGUUCUCCGGACCCCUCCGACUCCUCUGGGUGGAGCUGAUGACACAGAGCGUUCAAGACGCUUUGAAAGACACCUUACUGGAGCUGGAAUUAUAGUGCUGUGCCCCCAC